GGCGCCGCCCCCUCCCUGCGGCUGCGGGGCGCGACAUGGCGGCGGGGCGGGCGCCGCUGCUGCUGGUGGCGGCGGCGGCGGUGGCCGCGGUGCUGGAGCCGGCGGCCGCCGUGUGGCCGCAGCCCCAGGCCGAGCGCUCCCCGCCGGGCGGCGGCCGCUGCCCGCUGCCUCCCCGCCGCUUCCGUUUCGCCUACGCCGCCGGCUCCGCCGUGGGGCCGGGCUGCGCCGUGCUGGAGGCGGCCUUCCAGCGGUACUGGGCGCUGCUCUUCGCCGCCGCCCGCCCGACCGAGAACGAGCAACCCUGGGGCACACCCUGCACUCAACUCCUCGUCUUUGUUGCCACGCCGGGCUGCGAUGGGUUUCCCAGCCUGGACUCCAAGGAGAGCUAUAAGCUCUCUGUUUUGGAAGGCUCCUUGCUGCUCUCUGCGGAUGCCGUCUGGGGAGCUCUCAGAGGCCUGGAAACAUUCAGCCAGCUCGUUGGGAGAGACGAGAAUGGCACGUACUACAUCAACAAGACAGAAAUUGUAGACUUUCCCCGCUUCCCUCACCGGGGACUGUUGCUGGACACCUCUCGUCACUACCUGCCUCUGAGAGCCAUCCUGGAAACUCUGGAUGUCAUGGCUUACAACAAGUUCAAUGUGUUUCACUGGCACAUUGUGGAUGACCCGUCUUUCCCCUACGAGAGCUUCACCUUCCCAGAGCUCAGCAAGCAGGGAGCCUUCAAUGCCAUGACCCACGUGUACACGGCCAGUGACGUGCAGACGGUGAUCGAGUACGCCCGGCUGCGUGGCAUCAGAGUCGUCGCAGAGUUCGACACCCCUGGGCACACCCUUUCCUGGGGUCCAGGUGCUCCAGGCCUCCUGACUCCCUGCUAUUUGGGCAAGGAUCCUUCUGGGACGUAUGGGCCCAUCAACCCCAUUCUUAACAGCACCUACCAGUUUGUGACCAGUUUGUUUCAAGAGGUCAGCACCGUGUUCCCAGACUUCUAUCUUCACCUCGGUGGCGAUGAGGUGGACUUCACGUGCUGGAAAUCCAAUCCAAAAAUUCGUGCCUUCAUGAAGGAGAUGGGCUUUGGUGAAGAUUACAAAAAACUAGAGUCGCUCUACAUCCAGAGGCUCCUGAACAUCAUCUCUUCCCUCGGCAAAGGUUAUAUCGUGUGGCAGGAGGUGUUUGACAACGGAGUGAAGGUGAGGCCAGACACCGUCAUCCAUGUGUGGAAGGAGAACACGCCCUACAUGGAGGAGAUGGCGAAUGUCACCAAGGCUGGCUACAGGGCUCUGCUCUCUGCCCCCUGGUACCUCAACCGCAUCUCCUACGGGCAGGACUGGAUGGCAGCCUACCAGGUGGAGCCCUUGAAGUUCGAAGGCAGCCCCGAGGAGAAGGAUCGGGUGAUCGGCGGAGAGGCGUGCAUGUGGGGGGAAUACGUGGACGUCACUAACCUGGCCCCCAGGCUCUGGCCGAGAGCUGGGGCCGUCGCCGAGAGGCUGUGGAGUAACGCGACGGUCAGGGACCUGCAAGAUGCCUACGUGCGGCUGGCCGACUUCCGCUGCAAGCUCCUCGGGUAACCAUCCCUCCUCGCAGCCAGGCGUGGUGUCCAGGCGCAGCCUCUCUAUGUAGGAUACUGCGAAAAUGAAUUCGGCGGGUUUUGAAGGGAGAGUCCUGCUGCCCUCGGUCGCUGUGCACACAGGAGCAACGAGCCUUCUCUCUCUCAAAAGCUGCCGGGGCUUGGCAGAGGGACCCUUCCCACCCCCAGCUUCUACUUUUGCUUCAUUGCAAAGAACUUUUUUUUUUUUUUCCUUAGUGUGCACUCUUCGCCUCUUUUUCUAUUUUUAUUUCUUUAAAUCUAUAAAUAAAUGACCCCAAAGAGGAAAAAGGUGCCUUUUCGUGCUCAGCUGGGGCUUGGGAGACCGUGCAAGGGUUGUUGUUGGUAGGAGCUGGGUAGGGCUUGCUCCAGCGGUGCCGCAGGAGCGGCAUCGUCCCGGUGGCUGCGGCGCUUGCUGGGGGCCUGCUCGGCCGGGUAAACUGCGUUUGGCCUCUGCUGCUAUCCUGGACUCCGUCCCUGCAGAGAGGAGGUGAUGAGAAGGUGUGGGUUCCCCUGUUUUGUUUUUUUUUUUUCACCUUGACCUCCCACCGCCUGCGCCUGGACAGGGCGCUGCCUGUGCCAGCACAGGGGACACCCCCACCUCGGGUUUUGCUUCUGCGUCCCUUCCACGUACCAGCGGCUGACAUUGGGCUGUUGGUUCCUGUCCUUGUCUGUCUCCUCUCUCCGCCUAGGGCCAGGCAGGAGCUUUGCCUGCGUGCCACCCUGCCUGCUGCCACCUCCUCCUCCGGCUUCUCCUGAGAAGACGAUGCCCUGACGCCGUCUCCUCGCAGGGAUGUUACCGUGUUGCUGCCCAGCUCUUCGGUGAGCUGUCGCCUCUGCUCAGGGUUUGGCCAAUCCGUCCCCCCUCCUCUUCCUCCUCCGUUCUCAGGCCGGGGAGCCCAGCUCCAGGGCUCCUCCACCCAGCGGGCUUGGGCUCAGGUAGUAUUUUUCUUGCCAAAGAGGCUGGUGGUGCUGCUGUCCCGUGGAGCCGGGACAACCGUGAUUCUUGUCCCUCGAUGGCUGGGGUUGCCGUGCUGGAAGCCGUGUUUGGCUUGAAGCUGCUUCCCAAAGAUUCCCAAUCUCUGGGGAGAAGUCCCGGCUGAUGGGGCUGUGGUACAUGUGUCUUGGUCUUAAAUGAGUGAGGUCUGCUGUUACAGCUGGCAACAUUUUACUAUAGAACUUUAAAAUAUAUUCAGAAAUUGUCAA